AAACAAAAAACCCGCGAGUAUUAAAUUCAAGCAGUUCAACAGCAACUGGAUCUUUUGCUCAGGAAUAAUAAUGCCGGCCACGAGUGAGAUGUUCCCAAGUGGAAAGUGCACCCCAGCAGGGGAGAAGGUUCCAGCAGAUCCAUCUCCAUUCUCUCUGUUCUGUGAUGAACGUGGCUAUCUGAACCAGAUUCAAUACAUUCUGCAGAAUGGAGUGAAAAGGGGAGAUCGUACCGGAACCGGAGUGGUGUCUGUGUUCGGGUUACAGGCCAGAUACAGCCUGAGAGAUCAGUUUCCUUUGCUAACAACCAAACGUGUUUUCUGGAAAGGGAUUUUGGAGGAGUUAUUGUGGUUCAUAAAGGGGUCGACAAAUGCAAAAGAGCUUUCAGAGAAAGGUGUGAAGAUUUGGGAUGCAAACGGCUCAAGGGAGUUUCUGGACAAGAAUGGAUUCACCGAGCGUGAGGAAGGAGACUUGGGCCCUGUGUACGGCUUUCAGUGGAGACACUUUGGAGCAGAGUACAAAGACAUGCAUACAGAUUACUCUGGGCAAGGUGUUGACCAGUUGCAGAAAGUCAUCGACACCAUCAAAUCCAAUCCUGAGGACAGGAGAAUCAUCAUGUGUGCUUGGAAUCCUAAAGAUCUGCCCUUGAUGGCUCUUCCACCCUGUCAUGCUUUGUGCCAGUUUUACGUCUCAGAUGGUGAGCUGUCAUGUCAGUUAUACCAACGUUCAGGAGACAUCGGACUGGGUGUCCCCUUCAACAUUGCCAGCUAUGCCCUACUUACGUACAUGAUCGCCCAUAUCACAGGACUCAAGCCUGGUGAUUUUGUACACACUCUUGGUGAUGCCCACAUCUACCUGAACCACAUUGAGCCUCUAAAAGUGCAGCUUCAAAGGGAACCACGUCCUUUCCCCAAACUGAAGAUUCUUCGCAACGUGGAACGUGUCGAUGAUUUCAGAGCUGAGGAUUUUGAGAUAUGUGGCUAUGAUCCAUACCCCACAAUCAAGAUGCAGAUGGCAGUUUGAACAUAGCCUCUGGGUCCAUGUAAACACACAUUCCUUUGUAUGUCUAAUUUUCUGUUUGACUCGUCCUAUUGUUUUGAAGAUGUGUAUAUAUUUGUGUUCAUGUAAAAUAUUUGGUGAAUGGUUUUAAUGUAAAAUUUCAAAUAAACACUCCUAAAACUCA